AUGGUCGACCGAGGGCGGUGUCGUGGACGAUCAAGGGAUCAUCCGCCGAAUUACCCAUAUUCGAGUCUUCUAAAUGAAUCACGUACGCCAACCCCCACGGGCAUCCCGCGUCUCGUAUCGAAGGCAUACGACCUUGAAACCUUGUCCAAGCCAACGAGGCGUUUCGACCGUGACGAGGAGAAGGCAGGAGACAUGCACCCGCAUGGUCGCAAGGGGAUUGGGGUGCGCAUGUGUGGUGGGUGUGGAUUUCGGUACUGCGCCAGCACCAGUGCUAAGGGUCGCGGUCCAGCAAAGCGGAUAAUACCGUGCGAGGAUUGUUCCGACAAAGAGCAAGUGCAGACAUCCGAUAACGCAGGCAUUGGAGGAUGUUUUGAAAUCAAGAUUGGGUCAGGGCGAAAUGCAGCAUAG